AUGGCUCCCUUUAAAGGCAGCAUCUCCCAGCGGGACGUCCAGUUGGUCAAACUCAGCAGUUCCUGCACAUACAACAAGAUCUGUUACUUCAGGCGAACCAGGUCUCUGGUCAAUCUAGCUCAUGGCAUUAACAUCAUUGGACAGUUCCUGAUGAUCUCUGCUAAGAACCGCUAUGAUGACCUACAGGACAAAACUAUACCGAAGUUCCUUGAUGCUCGUAUUGACACCAACAAUCUACUUAGCAGCCUCGCUUUCGGAAUGUGCGCCUGCACCUUUCUAAAUCGGAAAGAGAACCUUUGCAUUCAGUGGACAUGGAAACUCGGUUCCGCUGUGGCGAGUCUGUUGCAAGUGGCAGCAUGUGUAGUGAUUACUAUCAUUGUAGCGACGCAGGAAGUUCAGAUACACGGUGUGUCAGCAGAUGAACAAGAAAGCAUCCGGAGCACCUGGGACUGGAUCUCUUUGGCCUACCGAAAAGAUGGCCGGACAGUAGCGGGGCUAGUCUUCUACUGGCUUGGGUGUGUGUCCGUAUGUUGGGGGUAG